AUGCAUUUCAAGGUUGGCAAGUUCACAACCAUCACCUUGACUGUCGUUGCAUCCACCCGCGUCUCUGUGAAUGCUGCAAUACUACCUAGAAAAGACCUCGCCCAGCUCUCCGUUGUUUUCUUCGACAACGUCAAUUUGACCGGAGCAGCUUUCUCUCCCGAUAGUCUCAUUGAGACCAUUCGAAGGGCUGGCGUCCAUGCAACGUUGUCCAUUCUUCACAACGGCAGCGGGGACGAAGAGGACGGAGAUCCCCAUUUGACUCAGAAAUUGCAAUUUUUGCUCUCGGCACCGAACACAUCUUGCCAUCUCACAACCACCUUCAUCCUGGCAUCCUCUUCACAUUUCCAGUUUUCCUUUCAAUAUCUAUACUAUAUUUCGUCCGAUCUUAAUAUCUGGGACAAAAGGACAUCGUGGUCAUGA